AUGGAGGCGGGAUCAUUAACAUCGUCAAUCGGAGCCAGCGAAUGCGACAGCAUCGAAUCUCUUCGGCAAGCACAGAACGGCGACGGAAUCACGGAUUUUCUCCAAAACAAUGAUCGUCUGUGCUCUGCAUUGUUGUGGUCAGCGUGAGUUUUUAAUUUUCGUUGUUUUUCUUUGGUUUUUAAGUAAUUUAUGUUGUUUUUGGAGAAUAAUUGGUGGUAUUCUCGAAAGAAGAAAUUUUUUGAAUGGUUUAGGGGCAUAAAUUGAUAAUUUUAAAAGUCUAGGCGUUUUUUGUUAGCAAAUAAAACGUGUUUGGCAAAAAAGUUUUAGGUAACAAAUUUUUAACACCAAAAAUUGACAAAAACUUUUGCUGGAUUCUUUUUAAAGUUUAGAAUACAAUAUUUAUAACUAUUUCCUUUGGUUGAAAGCAAGCACUAAAAGGUUUAAUUUGUUGGUUUAGUUCAAAGUUUUAUGCCAAUUGAGUUUGUAUACCUUAUUGUUGGCGUUUUCAGCAAAAUAGCAGCAAAUUCUCAACAGAAGGCAGCUUAUUCUGCUGGUAAGAAUCGGAAGUUGAAUUGGAAAAACCCAGCGUUGUACAAGACAAGAUUGUGUGAUUAUUGGAGCACAGGCAAUCCUUGCAAGUAAGUAGCGUUUGAGUUAGUAGUAGUUUCAUUGCGAUUUUGCUAAAAAUGAGAGUUAUUGAAGGAUAUUAUCGUUUAUAUGGCUAAGAUUGAUUGUCCAAGUUUUUAUUGUUUGUUAUGCUGAAGCUAUGUUGUUUUAGGUUUAAUCUUUGUUGAGUCCAUUUUGUUUUUUAGGUUCGGUCUCAAUUGCUGGUAUGCUCAUGGUCCGGUGGAGUUGAGGCACGUUCCCCGAUUGGAUAAAGACCCUGUUGCGACGAGCAUCUCAUUGGCUGAAGUGGUUCAGCGCCUUCCGCCCUCACGCGAUCGUUCAAGUGAGUUUUGUCUUUUGACUAAUGUAAUUUUUGGUAAUAACUGGACAGAUCGGGGUAUAUUGCGUUUUUUCAUAUAAUAUUGAUACGUAGAUUGACAAUCAUGACCUUCUUUGUUGUCAUAUUAAACAUUUCGAUCAAAAUUUUAUGAUUUUAAUAUAAAUUGCGCUUUCAAAAAUGCGGUUUAUUAAAGCGGGAAGAUCCAGAAGCCUAGGGUAACAACAAUCACUAAUUUUUUAUAUUAAUUUUAGUCUUUUUAGUUGCUCUGGAACAGGCAGAGAACCAGCUUAUAGCUAACAUUAAGUCGGACGCCUUUGCUAAGCACACCGUCCAAGAGAUCACCGUUCCGAACGCUGAGCCGCCGAAGCCUAAGUCUCCGAUGUUGUUCCACACUGAGAGUCCCGAAAUAUCAUUUUCCCUGCCCCGGACUACGUCUCGACUGCCUUUCUUCGAACAAAUCACGGCCAAGAGCCAGGAAUUUCAGCCGAGAAAGGAGAAUGACGACUUGGACACAGCCUUCAACGCCUAUCAGCCAUAUCUGGCAGGACUGAUCGGCUCCGGCUUUAAUAACAGCAAUUCUUUGGCGUCGCCAAUGCCCGUCCCCAUCAGUUUGUUCGAGGAUCCCAGAUGGCGCUUCUAA